UGACAAACUUAGAUUAUCAAAAAGUUUUGUCAUAUUCAUUGGGCGCGCCGAACAUUCUUUAAGAUUUUUAGAAAACAUUUGAAAAUACUUUGAAUUCUUCUGGAGAAAAAAGUUUUGAAGUUUUAUAAUUGUUCACAUUUUUAUACUGAAGUUGACAACUUGUCUUCGAUAAAACAUAAUGUUCUAAAUUUUUUAUCGCAUUUUAAAAUUUUGACUUAAGCAUGGCGGAAAACUGUCGAGAUCCGUCUACACAUGUCUCGAAUACUGAUCCAGAACAAAUGGCUUCUGAUGCUGAGGGAGUUUGGAGUCCAGACAUUGAACAAAGUUUUCAAGAGGCUUUAGCAAUAUAUCCCCCAUGUGGAAGAAGAAAAAUAAUUCUUUCUGAUGAAGGAAAAAUGUAUGGAAGGAAUGAGCUUAUAGCAAGAUAUAUAAAAUUACGUACAGGAAAGACACGUUCUCGAAAACAGGUAUCUAGUCAUAUUCAAGUUUUGGCCAGAAGAAAGGAUCCUCAUGUUAAAGACAAAGCUGGUAUUCAUCCUAUGAAUUCAAUGACAUCACCACAGAUUGUUUCAGUUAGUGCUAUACACUCAAAACUUGGUCUUCAAGGUGUUGAUUCAGUUGCAGUUAAAAGAGAAAUGAAUUUAAGUCCACCUCUUGGGUAUUGGGCACCUGGAUUGCCACAACCUGGACUUCCGAUUCCUCCGCCACCUAUUGGUUUUCCAUACACUUCUGCAGGAGCUUAUUAUGCAAAUGCUAUUACACAUGCAACAUCUAUUUCACAAUCUGGUAAUAUAAUUCGAUCUUCAAAUGCCCCACCUGGCAGCUCUUCUUCACCUACUGCUCAUCACAUGACAAGUUCUUUACCACAUGGCUCUUCUAACCCUCAUGUUAAUCACAGUUCUUCAUGGCAAUCUCGAGUAUCAACGACACAAAUGCCUCUGCGCUUAAUUGAUUUUUCUGCUUAUAUUGACCAACAACGACUUGAACAACCGGAAACGUACCACAAACAUUUGUUUGUUCAUAUUGGUUCACAAAGAAGUUUUGAAGAUCCAAACUUAGAAGCCAUUGAUAUUCGACAAAUAUAUGAUAAGUUUCCAGAAAAAAAAGGGGGGCUUAAAGAAUUUUAUGAUAAAGGUCCACAGCAUCUAUUUUUUCUUGUAAAAUUUUGGGCGGAUUUGAAUACUAGCAUUCCUGAUGACGCUGGCUCGUUUUAUGGUGUAUCAACAACAUAUGAAUCUUCUGAAAAUAUGACCGUCACUUGCUCAACAAAAGUUUGCUCAUUUGGUAAACAAGUUGUGGAAAAAGUUGAAACUGAAUAUCCUCGCUACGAAAAUGGACGCUUUGUGUAUCGCAUUCAAAGGUCGCCUAUGUGUGAAUACAUGAUAAACUUUAUAAGAAAACUGAAGCAUCUUCCUGAAAAGUUUAUGAUGAAUUCAGUACUCGAAAAUUUUACUAUUCUUCAAGUUGUAAGUAAUCGAGACACUCAAGAAACACUUCUUUGUCUUGCUUUUGUAUUUGAAAUAUCAUCUAGCGAGCACGGAGCGCAGCACCACAUAUUUAAAUUAGUCAGAGACUGAUAUAAGUAUAUAUGCUGAGCAGUAGAAACUGUGUAAACACGUGAUAAACCGAACAAUCUUCCAGUCAAUCAAACUUGUAAAUAUUAUUCAUCAAAUGUUUUUUAAUCCUAUUUCUUAUCAAAUUUUUAACUUUUUAUUUUUGUAAAACUAGAAUUAUUUGUCAAAAGAUUUAAUUUCAUAUUUUUACCAGGUAAAAAAGAAUUCUUUCUUUAAUUUUUUCAUAAUUUUAUGAAAGGUCUGUUAUUUUUUGUAGAGCACGUAUUUUUCAAAAUAAUUGUGUUUAUUUAUCUCUUUUUAAAGAGUUCCGACUUUGUAAAGUUGAAAUAUUGGUUUAGUAAACUUUUUUAGAUUAUGGUUUUUGAUUAC